UCGGCGCCGCGCCGGGCCGGGAGCGCGGGGGGCGCGCUCGGACGCCGCCACACGGGGCCCCUCAGCGGCCGCCAGCGCCUCGGCAGACCCAGGUAAGAUUCCUUACAUUUGAAGAUGCCACGCUACGGGACAAUCGUUGUCAUUAAAAGGAAUGGGACUGAUGGAAUUGUUUUUCCACUUACCUCAACGUCUUGUUUAUUUGGAAGGAAAACAGAAUGUGACAUCCGCAUGCGGCUGCCCUGGGUGUCCAACGAGCACUGCAAAAUCGAGAUCAAUGAGAACAAGGAGGCAGUCCUGACUAAUUUGAGCUUGGUGAACCCCACGCAGCUGAACGGGGCUUGCUUUGAGCAGCCCGUUCCCCUGAAGCACGGAGAUGUGUUAACCAUUAUUGAUCGUUCUUUCAGGUUUGAAUAUCCUCUGCAAUCAACACCGAAAAAGAGGCAUUCCAGGUCUCCAAAAGAUGAAACUCUGCAGGUUCUUCAUGUUCAGCAGGUGGCAGAAGUGGAAUUACAACACAAACAAACUCCAGGAGCUAAAAAUGUUGAUGCUUCAGAUAAUGCUGAGUGUGAAGAAAAAAAUGCCAAUGAAAAUAAACAAACUCCAGAGGAAAAUCUUCCUGAAGCUUUCCCUGUCAAACUCCAAACACCCAAAUCUUCACAGAGAAUUCAUCGUGUUCUUCAAAAGCAAAAUGAAAUGUCUCCCUUUAGUAAACUCUAUGAAAGUGUGAAAAAUGAGCUGAAAGUGGAAAAACCUCUGCACAGGAGAAGUGCCUCUCAGCAAGCUGCAAAAGGAGACCCUGGCAGUGUUCUGCCAGAACCACGUGCUCCCAUUUCAUCCCUGAGUUGUCUUUUUGAUCUGGGCAGCCUGGCUAAAGGAAAGGAAACGGGCAGGAUGGAAAAUAUUGAAAAAUGUAUAAUUGUGAGAAGAGAAGAAGAAAACAGCCCAGGGUUUAACCAGCUGUCAGCUGGGGGAAGGACUCCCAGGAGGAGUUUUACCAGGAGUCCUCGAGCUCCCAUUUCAAAGGAGGUGUCAGGAGAUACCAGUCAGAGUCCAUUGCAGGAUCCCAAGGAAUUAGGGACACCAGGCAGAUCCAGAGGUGCUGCAGUUACACCCACACCCAGCAGGAAGAACCACAGGAGCCCCUUGGUUUUGCUGGAGCAGUGCUCCAUAGAAAGGUUUGAGUGUCCAGUUCAAGGGACAGUGUGCAGCCCCAGCAGCUGCAGUGUUCCUAAAGGAGGAACACCAACGCCCAGGAGGAAGAGUCCUCGGUCUCUUUUUGUGUCACCUCCCACAGAAACCACUGGAAUGAAUCCUGGAAAUCCUGACACUCCAAGGACCCCUCGGCGUGGGUCGUUGAAACUGAAGUCGCUUCCAGAAAUCCCAGUUGGAGCUCUAAGGGAAGAUCCAGAGUGCAGAAUUGAUAACACACAACUGCCUUUGCCAGAAGACAAAUGCUUAAAGCAAAGACGAAACAGCAAACAACAAACACCAGGAAAACCUGUCCAAGAGGUGCUGAAAGAAAUAUGGGAUCAGGCAAACCUGGAUAACUCAAAGGUGGGACAUUGUGAAACCCCUGCCUCUCUCUCUAAUUCUAAGAGUCCCAAGAGAAACAGCAGGGAAAGUAAAGAAUUCUUGGACAAAAGUGCCCAUUCAGAGGCACUGGCUACAGAAGGGGUGUUGGCAUCUCCUGCUGGUCAGACACCUGGAAGGAAAAGGAGGAGGCCAAGGAGCUCUGGAGUGCUGGCUGAAACUGCCCUGGAGACAAGCACUGCUCAGGAACAGCACAAAUCGGGCAGAAAAGCCAGUGGAACUCCAGCAGAGCUGGCCAUGGACAGGUGUCCCCAAAACCAGGACUUGGAAGAUGCCAGUGCUACAAGACCUCGGAGAUCAUCAGCCAAGAGAAGAUCUGAAAGUGCUGCUGAGCUGAGAGACACUGAGCCUGCCUCAGAAACCACAAAUUUUGGCCUCUUGAAUGGAGAAGACUCAGGCAAGACAAAAAGAACCUCUCAGAAGAGGAAAAGUGGUGAAAUGCUCCCUCAGACAUUGGGCAAAAGAAAGAGAGUGUCCUUUGGUGGUCAUCUGAGUCCAGAACUCUUUGAUAAAAGUUUGCCUCCCAACUCUCCCCUGAAAAGAGGAGCCCUCCCUGCCAGGAGGAGUUUGCCCUAUGGAAACUCUCCUCGGGCUGUGCUCAAAAAGGCUCAGAGCUUGAAGCACUUGAUCGAUCAGGAAGAAAAAACAUCACCCAAAAAUUCCCCAACCCGGCAGCCCCCAGGUGCCUCCUCCCCUGUCUCAACACCCAAAAUCCCUUCAGGCUCUCCAGCCCCCUUCAGGAAAGGGCGUUUCUCCAUCUCCCAGCCCCCCACACCUUUCCCCAUUGCAGAGGAGAAGGAUGCUGGCACAGAGGACAUGGACCCAGAGGGGAAGAGUGGUGUCCAAGGGAACACCCCAAAAUCUGCUCCUGCUGCCCAAGGUGCCAAAGCCUUGGUGACAAGGACAGCUGCCAAGUCAGCCAGAGGUGCCCCGCUGGCUUUGAAGGGCUCUGCCAUGAAGAGCAGAGGUGGGCCUGUGGCUGUUAUCAGUGCCAAGAGGAGAAGUGGUGCCUCCAGUGCCAACUUACUAGUUGCAAAAUCUUGGGCAGAAGUGGUAAAAUUGGGGGUUGCAAGACCACAGACAAAGACUGCUAAAAAAAGUGCCCGUAAAGGAAGAGCCCUGAAGAGGAUAAACCACCCACCAAAGACUCCAGAGAAGAAAAUAAAAGGUCACUUCAGCACAGGUCAUGCAGAGUCACCCGCUACCAUAGUUGUAGGUAGAGCUUAUUCCACCACAGUUGGAUCAGCUGGACACGUCCCUAAAGUGGUAAAAAAUCCCAAGCUGAAGCUAAACAUGGAUAUGGAUGAAAGUUUCACAGGAGUGCCUGAAAUGUUCCAAACUCCAGAAAAUCAGGGAGGAAGAACAUUUCCUUUGGCUGCUGCUCAGAAUGCUGAUGUUACACCACCAUGGGCUGCAGGGGACAUUUCUGACUUGCACACUCCUGAGGAAUCUGGAGAGAUGAUGGUGUCACCAUUAAAUAAUUCAGAUGCUUCAGAGCAGAAGCAAGCAAGUCCAGGCAUAUUCCACCUCCUGAGAGAGGAAUCAUCUCCAUCUAUGUUUGAUGAAAUAGCCACAAAAACUCCUGAAAACAGAAAAGCUGUGCACAAAGAUACUGUGGGUAGUUUGGUAAUAAUUUCAGAAAAACCAGUAUCUCUUGUGAAAUCAGGAAGUAAAAAGAGGACUCCAAAGCACAAAUUGGAGUCAGUUGAGGUCAUGUCAAGCAAAAGGAAGAUUUUAAGGACCCCUGAGCAAAGAUCAGAACCAGGAGAGGUUUUGUCAGGUAUCAAGAGACUUGUGAAGACUUCGAGGCAGGAGCCAGAGCCUACAGAGGUUCUCUCAGGCAUCAAACAGCUCAUGAAGACCCCAAAGCAGAAAUUGGAGCCUGUGGAGGUUCUGUCAAGCAAAAGGAAGAUUUUAAGGACCCCUCAGCAAAGAUCAGAACCAGGAGAGGUUCUGUCAGGCAUCAAACAGCUCAUGAAGACCCCAAAGCAGAAGUUGGAGCCUGUAGAGGUUCUCUCAGGCAUCAAACAACUCAUGAAGACCCCAAAGCAGAAGUUGGAGCCUGUGGAGGUUCUCUCAGGCAUCAAACAGCUCAUGAAGACCCCAAAGCAGAAGUUGGAGCCUGUGGAGGUUCUCUCAGGCAUCAAACAGCUCAUGAAGACCCCAAAUCAGAAAUUGGAGCCUGCAGAGGUUCUCUCAGGCAUCAAACAGCUCAUGAAGACCCCAAAUCAGAAAUUGGAGCUUGUAGAGGUUCUGUCAGGCAUCAAAGAGCUCCUGAGGACCCCAGAGCAGAAAUUGGAGCCUGUGGAGGUUCUGUCAAGCAAAAGGAAGAUUUUAAGGACCCCUCAGCAAAAAUCAGAACCAGGAGAGGUUUUGUCAGGUAUCAAGAGACUAGUGAAGACUUCGAGGCAGAAGCCAGAGCCUACAGAGGUUCUCUCAGGCAUCAAAGAGCUCCUGAGGACCCCAGAGCAGAAGUUGGAGCCUGACGAAGUUCUCUCAGGCAUCAAACAGCUCAUGAAGACCCCAAAGCAGAAAUUGGAGCCUGUAGAGGUUCUCUCAGGCAUCAAACAGCUCCUGAAGACCCCAAAGCAGAAAUUGGAGCCUGUGGAGGUUCUCUCAGGCAUCAAACAGCUCAUGAAGACCCCAAAGCAGAAAUUGGAGCCUGUGGAGGUUCUCUCAGGCAUCAAACAGCUCCUGAAGACCCCAAAGCAGAAAUUGGAGCCUGUGGAGGUUUUGUCAGGCAUCAAACAGCUCAUGAGGACCCCACGGCGGAAGGCAGGGUCAGUGGAGGACCUGUCAGGCAUUAAGCAGCUCCUGAGGACCCCGCAGCAAGAGCUGGAACCACUGACAGAUGAAAUUGCCUUGAAAAGACUGCUGGAGACUCCAGUAGAGAGCAGGGAAGCAGUAAAAGCUGUGCCAGGUGUGACUUCAACCAAGAAAACCCCAAAGCUCAAACCCCAGCCCGUGGAAGACAUGGUUGGGAUCCGCCGCAUUUUCCAGACGCCAAAGGAAAAGGUGGAGCCCGUAGAAAACAUGUUUGGAAUUAGCAGAUUAGUGAGGUCUCCUAAAGAGAAAUACCAACCAGUUGAGGAUUUUGUGGGGCUGCAAAGGCUCAUGGCAGAACCCAGGCAGAAAUCUUCUGAUUCUGAGGUGGACUAUGCUGGAAUGACUGAAAUGUUUGGCACCCCAGAGGAAAUGAAGGUCAGAUCAGUAAAUGUUAUGGAUUCUCAGGGAGAAAUUGGUUCUAAUUCCAGUCAUAAACAUGAAAAGAGAGGAAAAUUUUCCCAAGAUGAAGAUUCUCAACAGAAGGACUCGACUGGUGAAGAGCAGCCUACCCAGAGACUCAGAAGGGGCAGAUCCAGGAGGGCUCUACCUCCUGUUGCAGCAAAGCCAAGUGAAAAUGGUGUGAGUUUUAAGGAGUUACAGAGUCCUGACACCCAAGAGGAGAUGGGAGUGAUCACACCUGAAAACAAGGGAAGAGGAAGGAGGACAAAGCAUUGCACACAAGAAGUUGUUCCAAAGUACCCUGAUCAGGAAGGGCUUGACGUUGUUUCAUCUGUGGAACCACCUGGAGCUGCUCAGAGACCAGGGAGAGGUAAAAGGAAAGAGCUGAAGGAGUUAAAACAUCCAAAUGAAAAUCUGGAGUCUUGUGUUGAAGAUUCCUCAGGGCUACGAAAAGCACCUGCAAAUACCAAACAGAGUUUGCAGGACUGUGGCAUCAGUGAAACUGAGGAUGAUCCAGGUACAAAGACAGGACCUGGAAACAUUCAGAGUGAAAUUUGUCGGCUGCAAACAGAUUUAAAUGAUCCUGAUAGCAAAGCUAUUGACAGUGGGAUAGAGGACACUGAAGAAGAAGUGUUCCUGUCACUGAGGAGGAGGCGCAGAGGAGUGGAGAACACAGAACCAGUGAUUCCACCAAAAAGGAGACGAGCAAGGGAUGACCAAGGUAAAGCAGCCUCUCCAGGAGGCCUUCAUGGAACAACCAGAAAGCUUCGUAAAGACCCAUCCCCAAAGGUUUCACAAAGACAGGAACAGGCUUGUGACAAAGCUCCUGGGGCUGUCACAGCACAAGAAUCUGAAAAUGGCACUAAACUUGAACUAAAGGCAACAGAGACAAGAGUUAAGUCUUUUAGAAGCACUAGAAACAGAAAGCACUCAGCUGAAAUAAAAGCUGACACUCGUGGGGUCACACUUGAAAAUCCACAAAACAUUCAGAAAACUGAGGAAACAUCAACUGAAACUGAUGCUGAAACAGAAUCUCACGUGAAAAAUGGGAUUAAAGGAUCUCAGGGAUCAGAAACAGAAAAUACUCAGGAAAAUACAACACAAGCAGCUCGAAGAUUAAAGGCAGAGUCACCUUCUGCAGAGACAAACAAAAUGCCAGUCAGUGCUCAGAACUUGGAAGCAAGCAGGGCUAGAAACAGGAGAGGCAAAAAAGACUCUUUGGAGCAGAAAGCUGAUGAAUUUACUGAAAAUGUGAACAGCCUAAAACCAAUUACUCCCAAAUUUAAAUCAGAAACAGAAGUGGAUGAAUCUUCUCUCCAGGAUUCCGUGGGCUCUGUUAGUGUCAGUGCAGCCCAAGGCAGGAAGGAGCAGCCCAGCCCAGGUGCCACAUCAGUCCCUGCUGCAGACAGUGCCAGGCCCGCUCGGGGCACUCAAAGGAGGACGAGGAAUGAACGGGGAAUAUUUAAAGCAAAGCAAACUGAAAUCCUGCAGGGGAGUCCAGCACAAAGAAAUGCAGUGAUGUGUAGAAGAGGAACAGGUAAAAAAGUUAAUUUUCAGCUUGAAGAAGGCAGUUCCAAAGCAGUUGAAGGAAAAAUUUUACCUGAGGGUGAUGAAGGGGUGACUGACAAAGAUAAUCAACAUGAGAAUUCCGAAAAUGCUCCUUCAAAGGGAAGGAGGAGCAGGAGAAAGCAACUUGACUCCAUCCCACAAAAAGCUAGUCCUGCCUUCAUGGAAAAACAAGCAUUAAGUGCAGAUCACAGGAAAGAUGAGGCUGUUGUACGAGAGCCAGGAUCAGCUUUGGAGGCUGCUCCCUCUUCAGCAGAGGACAACCCACUGAGGCGGGGGAGGAGACGUGAGGUGGCUGCAGCAUCACAGACCAGAUCUCCUUCUGUCAGAACGAGACGUGGGCUGCUGCAAGGUGAUGCUAAAAAGAUGGCAGAGAGAGAAGAGGAAAAUGCAGCUCUGCCUAAUAAAACUUUACAGGCAAAAGUGGAUGCACCAGCAAGGGACAGAAGGAACAAGAUGGAUCCGGCAGCAGAGGCAAGAAGUUCAGCUCCUCUGCAGAGAAAAUGUGGCUUGUCAGAGACUAAAGAUAAGGGUACUGAUGAAGAACAAAAUGUGCCUUUGGAAGCAGUGUCCUGUGCAAAGGAGAAGCCACCAGGAAGGGGCAGAAGGAAAGAAACUGCUCUGGCAUCACACACAACCAAUUCCAUCUCUCUUCGAGGGAAACGCAGGCUGCCAGCAGGUGAUGGAGAAGAAGCUCCCAAAGAACAGCAGAGUGUUCUCUUAGAAACUUGUGAUCCAUCUGGAAAAGAAAAUCAACUGAGAAGAGGCAGGAGGAAGGAAAUUGCCCCUUUGGUAGAAGCCAAAAGUUCUAUUCAGGGAAACCAGGUCCUGUCCAAACAAAGUGGUAGAAAAAAUAACAGUAAGGAAGCUAAAGAGAAUUUGGACAAUUCUUCUCAAGAAAAUAUGGUGCUUGUAAAACGGAGUUCAAGGCAAGCAACCACUUCACUGGCUGUUAGUCCCACCUCACUUCAGGGUUUGCCAGAAGAUGGUAAAGACAGAAUUCCUGAAGAACAAAGUAAACUUUUGGACCUAGCUCCACCUGCAAAAGAAAAUCCAUCAAGAAGGGGCAGGAAGAAAACAGCUUCUUCCACUUCUGAAGAAACAAGUUCCACUUCUCUCAGGGGAAAUCCCAACCUGCCCGGAGGCAGAGGUCAGAAGAGGAUUCUUAAAGGAAGUGAAGAUGCAUCUCCAGAAAAUAAUCCAUGCCAGGGAAGAACAAGGCAGUUGAGAAAUAAUAGGAGGAAGGUGGAAGUCCCGUUGGAGGCAGCUACUUCUGCUCCCCAUAAAAGCAGUGUCUUGGCAGAAAAUGGCAACACUCUGGGAACUCAGGGUUUGAGUGGAGCAUCCCCUGGUUCUGAAGAGAAUCAGUCUGGAAAAGGCCAGGAGGGUGACCCUGCUCCACAGGCAGCCCCCACCUCUCGCAGAAGGAAGUGCCAGCUGCCAGCAGAGGACGUGGCACCCAAAAAAUUCAAAUCAGGGAAUGAUGAAAAUGGGUCUCUCCAAAGAGGAAGAAGAAACAAAACUAAACUUGGAGAAGAGGAUGCAAGGGCAGCUCAGACCACUGGAGGGAUGGAGAAGAGGACAAGAUCCAGCACAAGAACAAGGAAAUAGCCUUAAGAGUCCCAGAAGCAGUUUUAAAAUCAAUUCAGUAAUUCCAAUUAGAGGAUUUUUUAAACGUGAAUUGAUUUGCACUCUGAUUUUAAGCUCAGAUUUUUGGCAAUUCUAUGGUUGCUUUAAAAAAAAUUAUUUCUUAAUGUGUCUACAGAUAAAAGGUUGAUAUUUCUUGAGUAGCUUUGCCAACAUGUGGUAGUUUCUAAACCAUGGAGAGCUUGUGCAAAGCUGUAAACAUAAAUUACAUUUUGUUUUACCAGUGUUUCUCCCCUUUUUCCUGUUGAUCAGUACAACAAUCAGGAAGCCAUAUUACUACCAGCUAAAGCUAUUUUCUGCUGAAAUUUUUUAUGCUUAAAUUUUAUUUUUCAUUGGAGUUCUGUAAAUAUUUUUUUUUAAAAAAUAUAGUUGUAUUAGCAGAAAUAUUGGACUAAAUUUUUAAUAAGUUUUUUUUAGGAAAGAAUAAAUUUGAAUUGAAAAAUGCAGGUUUUGAAGUCAUUAAACUUGGAAACAAUU